UACUCAAGCAGGGGCAGACUGACCAUUUGGAAAACUCGGGCACUGCCCGAGGGCCAGGGGUCAGUAGGGGGCCCCAUGAGAUGCCCCUGGUACCUUUUUCAUAGGCUUUUUUAAGUUUGGGCAAGGACACAGGGGCCCCAUGAUCCCCUAUUGCCCAUGGGCCCCAUGAGUUGCCAGUCUGCUCCUGUACCCAAGAUAGGUUGAUCACAUGACUUUCACAAUUUAUGGGACAAAGCUGU